GCCACAAGCAGCAAAAGGAUAUGCCCGAGGAAGUGGUGGAGGAGAUGAUCAAAGCACAGCAGGACAAGUGCAAGAUGACUGAGCUCUAUGUCAAUUUUCUCCAAUGCAAAGGAGAAUGGCACAGGUGCACGCUUGUGGUUUCUGUGCGCAAGGCGCACAGCCUGACCGAGGAUCAGGUUUGGCAGUGGUUUACUAAGGACCAGCUCAUUGUCCAUCUUGGCAGUGAGGAAUUGGCCCUGGAUUUGAUUGCGCGGCACAAAGAUUCAGAGUCGAGACUUCCGUCUGCGAAGAAAGGCAGAUUUAUCAGGGACCUCUGGCUGUAUCGUGCUUUCGCUAAGAUCGAGGACCGGCGCACCAAGACCCAAGAGACCUCUGCCGAAGCCAAGGGAGAAGCCAACAUCAAUGAGGAGGAUUUCAUGAAUAUCCU